AUGGAUUCCAGCUUAAGCAUUCCGGUCAAAGAUGAGUCCCUUAGCCAUACUCUUUACGAAGCAAGUAGCCCAUACCUUACCACCCAUCAGCAGGGGCCCACCCAGGGUGAUCUGACGGACAGUGUCGUCCGCAACAACGACAACCGCAACUUCAUCAGCAGCCUCUCGACGAAAAGCCCUUUCCAUCUAGCAUCAUCCGAAGAUCGCUCCACACAAAGUGCCCCUCUUGGAUCGGAUCAACGACAUACAGAUAGCCCGCUCUUUGCUAAGCCAGAGGUCUUCUAUGAAGUGACUGGGAGUGACCGCUAUGUUGCUCAGCCCAUACUCGAUGCAAAGCUUCGUAAAGGCUUCUUCGAAGUCAACGGCAAAUGGACUUUGUACCAUCGCAACUACUUUUCAGUUGAGUGUGCCGUUUCCUUUCCUCGGGAUAUCGAAAAUGGGCUGUACAUACAGCGCGGUAGAGCAGAACUUCAGCAAAUCCACGGCUUUUCGGUGAAACUUUUGGCGAGCAAGGAUGGUGAAAUCCGUGAAUUGGUACAGCACACACCUAAAAGAGUUCGAAAGAGGGAAGCCGCAUCGGAAGAGAUAAUUUGGUUCCCACUCAUCGCCAAUGCAACUGGUAGAGAGGCAGCGGACCGAUCUGAAGAAGUCAAUAUCCCCCGCAACGUCAAGUCGUCCAAUAAUAACGCAGGAGAAAGCAGACUAUUCUCUCACACUUUCGAGAGAAUACAGUUUGAGAAGGCUACGCCAGACAAUAUCAAAAGACGCUCACAGAAGCAACACUUUAAUCUCGUGAUUGAGCUUAAUGCCCAGAUCUCGGGCGGGGAGCCCGAUCGAAACUUGCACUGGCUGAGGAUUGCCCGACAAACCUCAGAACCAUUCAUCAUACGUGGUCAACCCGCAGGUCAUUGCAAGGGGGGAAGAAGGGGUGAUCACACUUCCAUUUUUUAUGGUGGUGAUGGCAUGCGUCGAGGUAGUCUCACAGCGUCACGUCCGUUUCUGAGAGAUUUUGAGUGGCGUACAGACCGUAGGACCAACGCUGAAGAGAGCAAUCAUCAUCCGCCUACUGCUCAGCGGCUCCGUGGACGCCAACGCGCAGGACAAAAACGGCUAUACAGUGCUGGCAGUGGCCCCCAGGGCAAGGUAUACAGUAAUCUUGCAUCUGCUGCGCGACGCGCACGUGGAGGAAAUACGCAGGAUAGUGUCGACGCCCAGUAA